GAGUAAGCGUUGUAUGACAUCCACCAGGCACGAGCUCAAACAAAAGAGAACCAGAAGAGAGAGAGAGAGAGAUAGCUAGAGAGGGGCGAGAGAGAAAAAUGAGAUGUCGAGCGGUUUUUAGGGUUUCUCAGAGCAGGAACAGAGCGCCACUGCUGCUCCAGCCUCAAGCUUCGCGUUUGUAUUCUCAGCUUCAAUCCAAGCACGAACGGUCUACUUUUGGAAUUGCCUUUGACAUUGAUGGCGUCGUUCUUCGCGGUCGCGUUCCCAUUGGUGGCUCUCCGCAAGCUUUGAGAAGACUGUAUGGAGAAUCUGGUGCUCUGAAGGUGCCUUUUAUUUUCUUGACGAAUGGAGGUGGCAUCCCCGAAUCCAGACGUGCCAUUGAGCUAAGUGAUCUUUUGGGAGUAUACAUUUUACCUUCUCAGGUUGUACAGGGUCACUCAUCUUUUAAAACUUUGUUGAAGAGAUACGAGAAUGAACUCACCAUUGCCACCGGAAAAGGGGAACCUGAUCUUGUAAUGUCUGAAUACGGUUUCAAAAAGGUCCUUUCAUUAGAUGAGUAUGCUUCCUACUUUGAGAAUAUUGAUCCUGUUUCUCAAUAUAAGAUGUGGACAACUAAGUGGGAGUCGAGUAAGUGUAGUUGCCCCAAGAACUUGGUUCCAAGUUUCAACAUCACCUCUGACAGAGUUAAGGCAGCUUUUGUAGUCAGCGAUCCAGUAGAUUGGGGCAGGGACAUUCAGGUUCUCUGUGACAUUUUAAGCUCUGGAGGCCUUCCUGGAGAUGAGAAUGGACAGCAACCACCUUUGUAUUUUGCUGCUGAUGAUCUUGAAUAUCAGUGCAGCAGAAAAAUCAUAGAUGCUGGUCAGCUCAAAUGGUUUGAAGUGAUUGAACCAACACUCAACAGGCAUGACUUAUGCAGCCUUGGUGUCAUGCCCAUAAGUCAACACUCAAAGUGGACUUCACUCGUUUUAAACCAUCAAAUUGUUCGGUCAUGGCAUAAAUAUUCCCAUAAGACUCCAGCAGCAUUUCCAUCUGAACGCCUUGGAAUGGGUGCUUUCAGAAUUGCACUAGAAAGUGUCUUCAACAGAAUUCACUGUAAUGCUCUGGACUGCGUUAUAUUCGGGAAACCAAAUCCGUUUGUAUUCAAGAACGCAGAAGCCAUACUGAGACAACUUCGCUCAUCAUGUGAUGAUAAUUACAUAAAUAAUGGAAACAAUGGAUCACACCCUUUCAAGACGCUUUAUAUGAUUGGUGACAACCCCUUAGUUGAUAUCAAGGGUGCAAAACAGGCAGGACAUCCUUGGUUUUCAAUUUUGACGAGGACAGGUGUUUUCAGGGGAAAAGAUAAUCAUGCAGAAUUUCCAGCUGAUCUGGUCGUUGAUACUGUUGAAGAGGCGGUUGACUAUAUUUUGAAAAAGGAGAGUGCUUGUUAGGACGUAAGCCAUUUUUAAAAUGGAAUCGAUUUUUCGUGCGCUCUUGACCAAAACCAUUAUAUGGCAGGUAAAAGGAAAAUGAGUAAUGCAACGUACAUUUAUUUUUGUAUACUUUCUGUGCAUUUCACUAUAAUUGGUUGGAUCAAUUUAUUUUUAAUACACAAUCAAUCAUAUCAGCGAA